AUACAUUUUAUAUUUAAUUGUGUACAUAAUAUAUAUAUAAAGCUUGAUGGGAGGCAUUACAUUAUUGAUAGUUUGAAUGGCGAGAAAAGCGCAAAGUUAAAAAACAGAGUUUGAAUGGUACCGAAAAGCUUAUAUUAUUAGGAACAAAAUUUGGUAGUUUGUUUUUACUAAGUCAAGCAUCCCUUUCAUAGUAGUUCUUGAAAAUGAUUAUAUCCUCUGCCUUUUCCCCUUACAUGGUUGGAACGCUGAAGCCACGUCUAAAAGCCCUUCUUUCAGAUUCCAAAGCAACACAGGUUGUGUUUGGCACUCAUCUUCUAUUCAGAGUAUAAUAAGGUAAGAGGAAGAAGACAUGAAUGCUUCUCCCAAUCAAAAACAGAGGACAUGCGACUAUUGUGGGGACUUCACCGCUCUUCUAUAUUGCAGAGCAGAUUCUGCAAAGUUAUGUUUCUUCUGUGACCGCAAACUCCACUUCCCCAACCAGCUUUUCUCCAAGCACUCCCGCACACAGCUCUGUGAUGAGUGUGGCGAUUCCCCUGCAUCGGUGCUCUGUUAUGCAGAGAACUCUGUUUUCUGCCACCACUGUGACUGCGAAAACCAUAACAACCACUUGUUGUCUCAGCAACACCAACGGAGACCCCUUCAGGGGUUCUCUGGCUGCCCUUCUGUCAUUCAUAUGUUAAUGAUUUUUGGUCUUACCGAAAAAUCUCUGCUUUCAACUGAGGUAGGAAGUUCCCAUCACCAUGGUCUUUCCAAUUUGCACGUGUGGAAUGCUCCUUCUGUUUUUGGUCUUGAAGAUUUCAUUGCUUCCUCUUCUUCUUAUAAGAAUCGUAAGGGUGCGUGCGGGAGACAGAAAGAAGAAAUUCUGAGUCAGCUUGGUGAACUAAUAAAGUUGGAGCCUGACUUGAUUCAUGGAGAAGUAGAUGCUGCUGAACCACAAAAGCAAUUUGGAAAUUUGUCUACUGGUUUUGAACGUGACAUAGAGACUAAUAUGUUUCCUUCAUAUGAGGCAGGUGUGUUUCGUUGGCAUGGAGAAAGCAGUGAUCGUGCAAAUCAAAUUGUUCCUUCUGAUAAUUCGGUGAGUGAUUAUAGCGAGCUAGUUUCGGCUAAAGAUCCAAGCUUUACCAUCCCUGUUGCAACGACUCAUGAAAGAGAUUCUGCAUUAUUGCGUUACAGAGAGAAGAAGAAAACAAGAAGGUAUGACAAGCACAUCAGAUACGAAUCACGAAAAGUUCACGCAGAAAGCAGAAUGAGAAUCAAGGCCAUGAGCAUACACCACCAAGACCUUGGUGUUCUUUCUCUCUAGCUUCUAGAAGUCUCGUGCUCUCUCCUUUUCUUGGCUGACGAAGACUGCCUCGAGGUAGUGGCCUUAUCACGAGAUAUUUUUAUCUCCUUCAGGCCUUAUGUUUUGGGCCUCCCUUUUAAAGCUUUUGGGUCUUAUCUUAAUACGAUAUCAGAAGUACAACACAUUUCUUGAUCGUUGCUUGGCAAGAUGGACACCCCAUAUCCCACCACUCAACCUUCAAGUCCGUUUUAUGUUCAUCCUAGAGAAAAUCCAGGUACUACUAUUAUUUCCCAGAUUCUCAAUGAAACUAACUACUCAUCUUGGAGCAGAAAUUUGAAAAGGGCUCUUCUCUCCAAAAUAAAGAUCAAAUUCAUUGAUGGCAGUAUCAAGAAGCCACCAAGAAUCGAUCAUUUGUUUAUGCUUGGGAAAGAUGUGACACCAUGGUUUUAACUUGGAUCAUCAAGACCCUUUCACCUCAGAUUGUAGAUAGUGUCAUCUAUGUUGACAAUGCCAAAGAUUUGUGGAAGAACUGAAAGAAAGAUUUUCUAAAGGAGACUACUUUAAUAUUUCUGAUUUACUACAGGACAUACCAUUAAACAGGGAGAUCAAAAUGUCAGCCAAUAUUUCACUAACUUGAAAAUUCUAAGGGAAGAAUUAGAAUCCCUUAGACCCAUACCCUGUUGCAGUUAUCAAAUCCCUUGUAUUUGUGAUUCGUCCAGAGUUACUUUCAAGUACAUAGAGGUGAAGCACAUCAUAUGUUUCCUGAAGGGUUUAAAUGACACUUGCCAAACUGUUAGAACCCAAAUCCUCUGAAGACUCUACUAAUGUCUGAAGGAUGAUUCUACCUCUACCCAGACAUAGAAUGUUCAACAGGGAAAUAAUAGUAAUCUUAUGCAAACUUUUACCCCUGAACAGAUGCAGAAACUACUAAAAAUGAUAAAAGGCAUUGGCAAUCCCUCAUAGUGUUAGCCAGGUGCAAAGAAAUACUCUUGGAGAUAGCCCAGGUAAUUUUUCAUGGAUUAUAGAC